CCAGAAAACCUGCAGAAGAAUUGGCUUCGGGAAUUCUAUCAGGUUGUACACGCACAUAAGCCACACUUCAUGGCAUUACACUGUCAAGAGUUUGGAGGGAAAAACUAUGAAGCAUCCAUGUCUCACGUGGACAAGUUUGUUAAAGAAUUGCUAUCCAGUGAUGCUAUGAAAGACUACAACAGAGCCCGGGUUUAUCUGGAUGAAAAUUUCAAGUCACAGGAACACUUUACGGCCCUGGGCAGCUUUUACUUUCUACAUGAAUCCUUGAAAAAUAUUUACCAAUUUGACUUUAAAGCUAAGAAAUACAAAAAAGUUACGGGGAAAGAGAUCUAUUCAGAUACAUUAGAAAGUACGCCGAUGCUGGAAAAAGAAAAGUUCCCACAGGAUUAUUUCCCUGAGUGCAAGUGGUCCAGAAAAGGAUUCAUACGAACAAGAUGGUGUAUUACUGACUGUGCCUUUGACUUGGUAAACAUUCAUCUUUUCCAUGAUGCUUCCAAUUUAGUUGCUUGGGAAACAAGCCCAUCUGUUUACUCAGGAAUAAGGCAUAAGGCCCUUGGUUAUGUACUUGACAGAAUUAUAGAUCAGCGGUUUGAACGAGUUUCAUAUUUUAUCUUUGGUGAUUUCAAUUUCCGACUGGAUUCAAAGUCAGUGGUUGAGACACUUUGUGCAAAGGCUACACUGCAGACCAUCCGGGCUGCUGACACUAAUGAAGUAGUCAAACUAAUAUUCCGUGAAUCUGAUAAUGACCGAAAGGUUAUGCUACAGUUAGAAAAGAAACUCUUUGAAUAUUUUAAUCAAGAUGUUUUUAGAGAUAACAAUGGCACUGCGCUUUUGGAAUUUGACAAAGAGCUGUCAGUCUUUAAAGACAAAUUGUAUGAACUGGACAUUUCAUUUCCUCCCAGCUACCCGUAUAGUGAAGAUUGUAGCCAGGGAAUGCAAUAUAUGAACACUAGAUGUCCAGCGUGGUGUGACAGAAUCCUGAUGUCACAUUCGGCCAAAGAACUUGUUCUGAAGUCUGAAAACGAUGAGCGGCAAGUGGUGUACGACCACAUAGGACCAAAUGUCUGCAUGGGGGACCACAAGCCCGUGUUCCUGUCCUUUCGAAUAGCCGCUGGGGCAGGUAAACCUAUUGCCAAUAUGCACAAGUGUUGUGUCGUGCAGUGACGUGGUGGAAAAAGAUGCCUCCGACAUGAGAAGAUAUUUCGGGAAAGUUCAUUAUAGCGAGGAGGAGGAGGAAGAGGAGGAGGAGGAGGAGGAGGAGGAAGCUUCAAACUCCCACCCAUCGCUUAAAUCGUGACAGCUCUAGCCGUCCAUCCAAGUCCUGCGUGCCCUGUUCUUCUUUUAUUAUCACUGUUCUCCUUAUUUUAGGCUGUUUAUGCUCCACUUGCUUAUUCCUGGCGUGGACACGAGUCCCCACCACCCCCAAAAAUCUCUUAUACCUCACUGUCUUGUAUAUUCUUGUGUCAUCAAAAGUGGACUUCUUAUUUUUAUAUGGCAAUGCCUAUAAUAUUAUGCUACAGUCUGGUUGCCAAAACGUAUCUACAAAAACAAAAUUCCUCAUAUUAGUUUUUUCUUUUUUACAGUGUUUUGUGUCUUGGAUUUCCCUGUGAGGUUUAUGUUUUUAGUUGGUCAAUGUGGAAUGAGUGUGUGUGUAUAUAUGCAUAUAUAUGUAGACACACCUUCCACAUUUCCAUCAUCCCCCUUCUCUAGCUUAAAAGCCGGGUUGGGGUUUUAUCUCUUGCCUUGUGUAGAAGUCCUGCUGUGUUAUUGUUGUCCUUUGAUCCUGUGAUAUUUGGGGGUGGGAAAGAGGAUCCAAGUUCGUAUUUUGUUUCGUUUUGUUGUCCUUUUUAUAACUUGUUUUCUCAUGUUAUUUACUCUACUGCCAUGUUCCAUGGUUUCUGAAUCACACAACAGCAGCUGCUGCUUUCUAUACGUGUAUAUAUUUAUAUAUAGAUUGUAUGUGAGUGUGUAUAGAGAUACAUAUAUAUAUAUAUAUACACAGAUAUAGAGAUAAUUUAUAAUUACAAACCGUCUGUCUUUCCUGAGGCCAAUAAGACUUUUCCAACAAGCCCAUAUAAAUAAUAUCACCCUUG